AUGUACUUUAAAGUACCAUGUUUACUACUAUUCACCAUAGUUGCCAAGGCUUUUUCUCAAGCCACUAAAGAAAUAUCAGCUGAAGCCGCAGCCUUAACAGGCCAAAAACUAGUAGACUACAUCAACAGUCUUGGCACUACAUGGACAGCCACAUUUGAGAACCGGUUCCGAUCAGUACCUCGAGAAAGAUUCGUUUCAUUUCUAGGUCAAAUCGAUGAUCCGUCUAUAGAUCUAUCAAAUUUUGGCCAACCUUUGACAUCACGUGCGCAUAUCAAACUGCCAGAACAUUUUGAUGCUAGAGAGAAGUGGCCAGAAUGUAAAUCAAUUCGCACGAUUACCGACCAGUCAAGUUGUGGGAAUUGUUGGGCCGUUUCAUCGGCCAGUGCUAUAAGCGACAGGAUUUGUAUUGGCAGUCAUGGAAAGAAGCAAGUCAUCAUAUCGGCACAAGAUUUAACGAGUUGUUGUCCAUUUUGCGGGGCAGGGUAAGAUGUUUAUAAAUAAUAGCCUUAGCUCUAGCUUGCGCCCUAAUCUUAGCCAUAUCCCUAGGUCUAGUUUAACCCUACCUCUAGCCGUAAUUCUACCCUUUAGCCUUAAUCUUAGCUUUAGCCUUAAUCUUAGCUCUAUUUUUAAUUACUAAUCGAGAAAUGUUGUUUAUAAUACCUACUGCUUUUAAAGUUCUUUUUUAUAUCUAUUUUUAUAUAUAUUCGUUUAUUUGAUAUUACUUUCUAUUUAUUUUUUUUCACGUUCCGUCUUAAUCAAUUGUGGUACUUUGUCUUUCCCUGUUGCCUCAAGCAUUCCUUUUAUAUUUUCUUUGUUUUUCGUCUCACGCUUCGGCGAGCGAGCAUGUAUAGAGACAGGGGCUAGUUUUUGAGAGAAAAGAGUUGUUUUUAGAAGGAGAAUAGGACAGAUUAUUUAGAAAUUUUAAGGAUUUGGAAUAUUAUUUACUGUAUUUUUACUUUAUUUUAGGUAAACUUUGAUAAUCGUUAUUUUUCGGACUUUUGGUAAUUUGAGUCUAGAAUCGGUAUCAACCGAACGAUCACGGUUUACUGUGUUAUCAACGUCUUCAUCCUAUAUUGCACUAUCAAAGUCUCCAUUCUAUAUUGCGGUAUUGAAACUGGGAUCAUCGGUUUGCCGACCUUUUUGAAUGAAAGGCAGACAGACUGGCCAAGCUGAACUUCUAGUAGAAGCAAUCUUGAACUCACAUCCAUCAAGGGCCAUAGUUUUCGUUACUUUACUAACUGACAUCAAUUAUAAGAACAUAAAUUAUUGUCACAAUAAGUGAAAAUUAUUUAUGACUUUCUUAUUUGACAACAUUGUCGUGGUUCUGUAGGGUUUCUGUUCAUCUUCUUUCUUCAGCUACCAUCUACUCCAUGUCAAUUUUCUUUUGCAUCUUAUCUUCUCACCUUGUUCUAGGUCUGUCUACUGGUCCCUUCUCUUCAGAACAUAAUUAUUACUAUCUCGGCUCGCCUUAAACAAAGCCUUGUCGGGAUUCUAGCUCGAUCUCUAGUCUGGCUUUGUCCUCUUCUUACUGUGACGCUACUUCCGUUUCGGCCUAGCUGUUUUUUGGUCCUACACUAUCUUAUUCAAGCUCUACUCCUAGUUUAGCUUUGUCCUAUUCUUAUCGUAGUACAAACUUCACUAUUUUAGGUGCUUUGGCGGAGAUAUGAGGACAGCCUUCCACUACUAUGCACGCUAUGGCAUAGUAUCUGGUGGUGCAUACAAUGACAACGAAACUUGUCGGCCUUAUCCGUUCGCGCCAUGUGAUCACGAUGUCACACCGGGAAAAUAUCCAGAAUGUCCAGACACGUAUUCUGAGACUCCAAAAUGUGAAAGAAAAUGUGUGAAUGGGAGCAAAAUAGAAUAUGAAAAAGAUCGUCAUUAUGGUGUAUAUCCGUUUAGCGUUCAUGGUGAAGAUGCCAUGAUGAAAGAGAUUUAUGUAAAUGGACCGGUCGCUUCUCGCUUCCUUGUCUUUGAAGACUAUUUUUAUUAUAAAAGUGGUAUUUAUCAGGUUAGUGAAAAGUGAGUGUAUUUAUGGGCUCCAACUUGUAGUAGAGAAAAGCUUAUGAGCCCCACCUUGUAGUAAAGCGUUCCAAAAUUUCUCUUAUCAGCCACUGAGAGUUCAGAGCCGAAACAUGAGCUAACCUCAAAAUUCGGUUAUUAAACCGAAGAUAUUGCCCUUGCUUGUGCUCUAAAGAGAGAGCUGUAUGUCUUUUCGAUUGGGAUUGACCUUAUUUUAGGAGUUAUUCUUACGGUCUUCCACUCUCUUAUGUUAACCAUGAACGCGCUGACCUCGUUUCUCUCUUUAUCUUUAUCGUAUGUUUAGAGACAGUUAAAUGUAUUCGUUCAUAGCUUUAUGAGUUGCAAUACUUCAUGUUAACAUGCGAUAAAAACAAAGGGAGAUGAAAAUUAAUAAUGCUCUCAUGGUUAAUAUCAGUGAGUGGAAGACUGCUUGAACGCUCUUAAAAUACGGUGAAACCCACUUGUAAAGAGCAAUAGAUUUUACUUUAGAGCAGAAACAAGGGUAAUAUCUUUGGUUUAAUAACUCGAGCUUGAGGUUAGCUUAUGUUUUGGCUCUGAACUCUCAGUGGCUGAUAAGAGAAGUUUUGGGACGCUCAACUGCAAGGUGGAGCUUAUACACUUUUCUCUACUACAAGGUGGAGCUCUUAACCAAAGAAUAACGUUGGGCUUUGUUUGCAACGCUGUGCACUUUUUUUAAAUUUUAGCACGUCGGAGGUGGUGAACCAAUAAGUGGACACGCUGUUCGAAUCAUUGGUUGGGGAGUCGAAAAUGGCACCAAAUACUGGUUGAUAGCAAACUCUUGGAACGAAGAUUGGGGAGAGAAAGGCUUGUUUCGAAUGUUGAGGGGAACAAGUCAUCUGAAAAUCGAAUUGUUUGCUGGUUGUGCUCUUCCAAAGCUUUAA